GUAAGAAAACGUGAAGCUGGUUCUCCCGGUAACCAGUUGACAACACAUUGUUUUUGAAAGAGAGAGAGAGAGACUAGAGAAGACGACUAGGUCUGCUCUCUUCGCUGCCUGCGACCUAUAGCUGUUACUUUCUCUCCGACGGAUUCCUCUUCUGCUGUAAAAGGAUCAGAGGAUUCCAAGGAGAAUGCGCCUUGCUUAGACCUAUUCAUUGCAGCCAAGAGAAGGUUGCUAUAGCUGAAGCACUAGUUAGGUUUCUUUUUUUUUUAGCGGGGGAAGGGGUUUUUGAUACUUUUGGAUAUGGGUAUGGACUUAGCUGAUAAGGAGAACACGACCCCACCUUUAUUUGAAUUCUGCAAUUGCUACAAAGUUGCUAGCCUUACCCAAACCAUUCUCAACCCGGUCAACGUUUCCAGCUUAAAAGACCGUUACGUCCUUGGGGAACAGUUAGGCUUGGGUCAGUUUGGUGUGAUCAGAGUAUGUUCUGAUAAGUUCACUGGAGAGAGGCUUGCCUGCAAGUCUAUCUCCAAAGACAGACUGGUUACGCAGGACGACAUGAAAAGUAUCAAACUCGAGAUUGCGAUUAUGACUAAGUUAGCUGGGCAUCCGAAUGUUGUGGAUCUCAAAGCGGUUUACGAGGAGGAGGAUCAUGUGCAUCUUGUGAUGGAGCUUUGCGCAGGCGGCGAGCUUUUUCACAAGCUUGAGAAGUAUGGAAGGUAUUCUGAGGUCCGUGCCAGGGUGCUCUUCAAGCAUUUGAUGCAAGUGGUCAAGUUUUGUCAUGAUAAUGGUAUUGUCCACAGGGACUUGAAGCCUGAGAACGUUCUCAUGGCCACUGUGUCUUCAUCAUCUCCUAUCAAAUUGGCUGAUUUUGGUUUGGCAACGUAUAUCAAGCCCAGAGAAAAGUUAAACGGGACGGUUGGUAGUCCGUUUUAUAUAGCCCCGGAAGUGUUAUCAGGGGGGUAUAACCAAGCUGCUGAUGUAUGGAGUGCAGGGGUUAUUUUGUACAUACUUCUCAGUGGAGUGCCUCCCUUUUGGGGAAAGACUAAGUCCAAGAUUUUUGAUGCUGUCAGGGCCGCAGAUUUGAGGUUUUCUGCUGAGCCAUGGGACCAUAUAACUUCAUACGCCAAGGAUUUGAUCCGUGGGAUGCUUUGUGUUGAUCCUUCCCAAAGGUUAACAGCUGAUGAUGUCUUAGCUCACUCUUGGAUGGAGGAGUUACCUGAGUCAGGACAAGAACAAUAUGAUCAAGAUGGGUUUGGAUGUGAAGGGUUGGAGAAUGGUGGAUGCUCUUUCUCCACAGAGUGUGUUUCUAGGGAACAAGACUAUAGCUUUAGGAUGGGGCAGUUAGAGGAAUCGAUAGAUAACGAUUGUAGAUCUUCAUUCUCCUCUUUCUUACCCGCGGUUAACAACAACGUAGCGCCAACUUCUGUUUUUGGUGGAUUUUCUUUUGGUUGUGAACAACCUGAAUCAACCUCUGUUGGCUUUCCAUCAAGUGGUGUCCCAUCUAUGCCAAGCUUUACCUUUUUUAGUCCGAGUCCGGCAACGACACAGAACAACAACACUCAUGAAACAGAUGAGGAACUUAGAGACUCAAGCCCAAAGAGGUUACUACCUUCACCAGAUUCUUCCUCGCAACUUGAGAGGCGUGAGGAAGAAGGUGAGAGUCAGACAGAAGCAGCAUCAGGAAAGUCAGAGACGAGAAGGGAAAGAGGAAACUGGUCAAGAAUAUCAGGUCUGAACAGCAAAAGAAACAGGACCAUAGGAAUAGGUGAGCUAGACCAGUUGGUGGUGAAUGUUGCAGUCACUGAGACGAUAAUCCGAUGGGCAUCUUGCACGCAUAUUCCCACGGCUCCAUCCCUCACCUUGUCUCUCGUCUGCUAGUAACAAAUCGAAGAAGACUCUUAUGAGCAUUAAUUAUUCUAUGUACACAUCUAAUUUUGGUCUUGUUUUGUCUUUGUUCUGUAGUAAAAACCUUUCCAUGAAAAAAAACAACCUGAGAUGUCUCAGAAAUAGUGUGUGGUUUGGAUUUAUUUAUAAAAGUUGAUGCUUGAUUAUGUUUA